AUGGAGGAAGAUCGCGCGCAGACCGAUCUGGGCAUCGCCGCCGACAUCGAAGAGGCGCAGCGCCACGAAGAAGCCUCGGAGUCUCAACCACCCGCAGAACCAUCAGUACCUUCAGUGAGCGGGACCCAGCAGCCGCCAAAGUCAGCAGAGAACGUCGUCAGGCAACCAAAGAAGCGCUUUGUCGGGCGGAGAACGGCGGCCGAGGCUUCCUCCAAGGCGAAGGAUGGCGGCGCGGGUGGUGAAGCUGGAGCCGUUGGGCCUGCCAAAUCCCGGCGUGCCCCUCGUUUGUUAAACCAGGUGCCCAAGGAGAUCACAGAGGACCCGAAUCUCAAGGCUGCCGUGGCCAUCCUCCCCGCCAACUACUCCUUUGAGAUCCCCAAGACGAUCCAUCGCAUCCGGACGUCGGGGGCUACCAAGGUGGCCCUCCAGAUGCCCGAGGGUCUCCUGCUCUUCGCCACCACCAUCUCCGACAUCCUCACGCAGUUCUGCCCGGGCAUCGAGACGUUGAUCAUGGGAGACGUCACCUACGGCGCCUGCUGCAUCGACGACUACACCGCCAGGGCCCUCGGCUGCGACCUGCUGGUGCACUACGCCCACAGCUGCCUCAUCCCUGUCGACGUCACCAAGAUUAAGACGCUGUACGUGUUUGUGGACAUUAGCAUCGACACCUCACACCUCCUCGCAUCACUGGAACGGAACUUUGCCUCGGGCAAGACGAUUGCGGUCGUCGGGACGAUUCAGUUCAACGCGACUAUCCACGGCGUCCGGAGCAGCCUCGAGCGCGCCGGCUUCCAGGUCCUCGUCCCCCAGAUCGCACCCCUCAGCAAGGGCGAGAUCCUGGGCUGCACGUCGCCCAAGCUCCACACCGACGACAAGAUUGACCUGAUCCUCUACCUCGGCGACGGCCGCUUCCACCUCGAGAGCAUCAUGAUCCACAACCCCUCCAUACCCGCCUACCGAUACGACCCGUACUCGCGGAAGCUCACCCGCGAGACGUACGAGCACGACGAGAUGUACACGCUCCGGCGGACCGCCAUCGCCACCGCCCGCAAGGCCCAGAAGUGGGGUCUCAUCCUGGGCUCCCUCGGGCGCCAGGGCAACCCGCACACGCUGACGCUUGUCGAGAAGAGGCUGCGCGAGCGCGGGAUACCGUUCAUCAACCUCCUCCUCAGCGAGAUCUUCCCGGGCAAGCUGGCCCUCAUGAGCGACGUCGAGUGCUGGGUGCAGGUGGCGUGUCCACGGUUGAGUAUCGACUGGGGGUACGCGUUUCCUCGGCCGCUGCUGACGCCGUACGAGGCGCUGGUUGCCUUGGAGGAGCGAGAGGGCUGGGGCGAUGGUCCGUAUCCCAUGGAUUACUAUGGGAGGGAAGGGUUAGGGAGGACCAAGGCGAUAUCGGUCGGUCCAGAAUGA